AUUAUUUACUACAUCAUUAUUCACCCUCUUUUAUUCCUACUCUGUCUAUACUUAUUUUUUCGACUUUUACAGCAACUCGUCUAUGGUGGAAAUUCGACUGUGUCUAAACGUUCUCGAGUCUCUCUGGUUGAAAAUUGUAUGUUACCACUGAAUAUGAGUACUGAAGCAGUUUUUCUGAAACCACGUGCGCCAUUCAAACUGGCUGCCUUUAACGUUUGCACACUUAUGCAGGUUGAACAACAUAUAGGGCUGGCUAUGUCUUUGGAACGUCUUAAUAUCGAUGUCUGCUGUCUAUCCGAGACCCAUAUUCAAGACUCUGGUGAAGUACUACAAAUUUGAUCUCCAUCUGUCUCUUCAAAAGCUUGUUUUACGUGCGCUUAUCUGGGGACCCUGUGGCAUCAUCGUCUGAUCUUGCUUUGGUCUGCGCCAAUCUUACCUCACUUUUCAGUGAACAACGAAGUGACCGCCAUCAACGGAUUGAUGUUAGGAAGCUGGUUGCAACUUCUGUUGCAAUAUGAUGUGAAAUCAAGCCAGUGUCAUGUUGGGAUUUUGUUCUGCAGUGAAUGCAACAACAUGUUGUAUCCUAAAGAGGAUAAGCGUACAAAAACAUUAUACUACGCAUGUCGUAACUGUGAUUAUUCCCAGGAAGCAGACAAUCCCUGUGUUUAUAUCAACAAACUGGAACAGGAAGUUGAUGAAUUGGCUUUAAUUGUACCGGAUGUUGUUCAUGAUCCAACACUGCCUCGAACAGAAGAUCAUAUAUGUCGUCGAUGCGGUAAACAAGAAGCUGUAUUUUUUCAAUCACAGACAUUGAAAGCGGAAGAAAAUAUGCGUUUAUAUUAUGUUUGUACCAAUGUUGACUGUUUACAUAAAUGGACUGAAUAG